AUGAACUAAUAGUCUAUAAAAUAUCUGAUUAAUCAGAUUAGAAGGGUUAAUAGUUAAGAUGAUAAAACAAUAGGAGAAGUAUGAAAUAAAUAUAAAUAUAUAUGAAAGUUUUUAUAACUAGUUAGAUAAAUGUAUGAUGUCAAAUAGAAAGGAGAUUGUAUGAAUUUAAUAGCCAGUGGUUUUGCAAGCGUUCUUUUAGAAAUCAUCUUUAAAGUAUUUCGAUUAAUUUUAAAAGUAGAUUAACUUAAUUGAUGAAAAUGAUAGAAUGGAAGCAUUCAUAUUUUAUAGAGAUCUUCUGUAAUAUGAAUUUUAAAAUGCAGAUCGAUAAUUAAGAAAAUCAGAUGAUUAAUUAGAAUCAUAUAGACUUAUAAAAUUACUGCCUAAAUAAUUAUAUGAAGUAUUUUUAAUUUGAAUCAUGUUAAGCUUUUUUUGGAUGAUGGUGAUGGAACAGUUAUUUUUAUUAAUUUAUGUAGAGAAUGGAACACACCAAAUUUAGUUUGGACUGAAACUAUGAUAAAAGAAAUGCUGCUUAUUUAUAUUGAGUAUCUAUUUCUAUUAUUGUAGAUAUAACAAUCAAAUUCUGAAAAAGCCUUCUAAUGAUUAUAGUUAAAUCUUACCCAUUAAUUUACCAUUGUAAUUUUAUUCGCUUAGUAAUUAGAUUUCCUGAAUUAAGAAAUGAAACAUAUGUUGAAAAUAUGAUGUUAAAAGAAUUUAAUGUCUAACCUAAUUGGUAAACUGAUGAAGGACUUGUUGAUUUUAUGAAAGAAUUGAUUGAAUCUAUCAAUCAAUCACUUAAAUUAUAUUUGGAAGGAAACUUUACUAAUUCUGAAUUCUCAGUCAAAUAACUUGAAAGAUUAACUUGUAAAUUAUUAACUCAAUUUACAUCUUUUGAAUUAGCUUUGGAAUAGUUUUUUUUUAAUUCAUCACAUCCAGAAUUUGAAUAGGAAUUAAAAUUAUUAGAAGAUUAUGAUUAAUCUCAAAUUAAUAAAUUACUUAAAGAUUAAUAAGAUAAUAUCCCUCCUAUGAUUAUUGAGAGUAUUUGGAAGUGGCUUGAAUUAAUUAAUGUCGAUCAUAUUAAUAUCAAUCCAUUAAUUAAAUCUUGUUUAAUAUAAAUCCAUUAUAUACUUAUAUAAUCAGAAAUGGCUUUAAUUAUUUUAGAUUAAAUUGACACACUUAGCAUAUCUUUAAAUAAUUGUCUAAAAAUUUUGAAUAGUCAAUAACAUAAAUGUAAAAUUUAAUUUAUAUUAAUAAAGAUGAUAAAUUUUUGGAGUUGGUAACCCUAUGUGAUAUGAUAGCUUUUAAAAACUUUAUUACAAAAUUAGACUCAAAACAUUUUAAUUAAAUUAUGUCAAUCUAUUAAACUGUUAUUUAGGAGGAUUAAUUAAUAAUCAAUGCUUUUAAGAACUUAAUUGCUCUUAUAUAUACAGAUUCUUCUAUAUCUACUGAUUUCAAUAAAUUUCUUUUUUAAUAAAAAAUACCAAUCAAAUCAAGUGAUCUUUAAAUCUUACAAAAUAAAGAUUAUAAUUAAUUGAAAAUUUGGAGAAAAUAAUUUGAUGAGAAUUAUAAAAUUUCUACUUAUGAAGAAUUAUCUUAAAUUAAUCAAGGAUACCCAAUUUUUCCUAUUAUUUCUUAAUGUGCAAUUUAAUAAUUACCACAUAAAUCUGAAAUUUUAGAAAACAGAUUGAAAUUAAUUGAAAAAUAUUAUGAAGAAUAUAUAUCGAAUUUAUAAUCUGGAAAAAUUGUAGAUAUUAAUAUGAAUUAAAAUUUGGAAUAUGAACCUUAGACAGAGCAAAUUUCCUUAAGAUAGUCCUCAUUAGGAAAGGAAUAAUCAGAUGAUAUGUUGAUUGGUGAUGAUGAAAUAUUUUCAUGA